AUACUUGAUCCCGGUCGUUCAUCUUAAACUCAACCUAAAAUAGUUGAAGUCUGGAACUCGGAGUGGCGGAUAGCGAGCGAGCGAGCGAGCGAGAGAGAGAGAGAGAGAGAGAGAGAGAGAGAGAGAGAUGUCUCUGGUUGAUUAUGCUUCAUCAUCCGAAGACGAUGAUGCAGAAGUCAGAGAAGAAGGAGAAGGAGAAGGAGAAGAAGAAAGAGGAGGAACAGAAGCAGAAGGAUUAGAAGAACGAAAAGAAGAAGAGGAACCCUUGCCUUCAGCGGUUAAUUCUAAUAACCAGAGAUCAACCCCUUCACAGCAACAGCCAGAUAGUGCCUCACAGUUACCAGCACCUUCAAUUGAGAAUCUUCCAGAUGCAUCACUACUCCUAAGUUCACCUGCUUUUGCGUCUCAACAAAUGAAUGGCAAUGAUCACUACUCUAGAGUUGUGGCUGCUAUGGCAGAAAGUGCAUCACGGAAGAGAGAGGUAAAUGGGUCAGCUUCUUCUUAUCCCCGAAAUAAACUUCCAAGAGGAAACUCGUCUCAUCCAAGGAAUGUUCCAGACACUGCAGGCAGCCUUCUACUCCCACCUCAGCUUAGGGGAAGGAGCAAUGUUGUUACAGAAGAUAUAAGCAGGCUGUUUGUAAGAAGACAUUAGACACGCUUAAUGCUCUUAAUCUUGGAAUCUUCAUGUUAGCAGCGGAUUCUUUCAAAGUGUGGUAUUGUGUUACUAACAGCUAUCAACAUUUGCAUCUGAUGAUAGUAGUAGCAUCUGUAAACUUGUUGAAGGGUCCCGGCAUCGUCAUUGGGAAUGCUGGUUGUGUUGUAUCAUCGUUUCCUAAUGUGCAUGUUGUUUAUUUAGGUUGCA